AAUGUAUUGUACCAAUCAUAUUAAAAAUGAAAUUUCUUUAAUAUGUAUUGCUCCUCAUAAGUGUUAAUUUGAUAGGAAACUAUGUGCAUAGUGCUUUGAUGAACAUUCGAUCUAUUCUGAAAAUAUCGUAUCACUAAACAAAUUUCAAAAUAUGGUUAUCAAUAGAUCAAAAGAAUCUAAGCUAGAUCAGAUAAUUGCAGAAUUAAUCCAUUCGAGAAAGGCUUUCAAAUCAAUGCUCUCUCAAACCGAAAUCAUGAUGAGAGACAUUAUGAAAGAGUUGUAAGAGUCAAUCAAAUAAAUUUAUGAUUAGAUUGAAUAGUAAAAUAAAUUGUACUUGAAUCUUUUCAACGAAAAUGUUAAUUUAGCAGAAUUCUCUAAUUCUAACUUAGAAUAAUUAGUAUAAUUUCUAAUAGGAAAACCAUCAUAAGAUUGGAAUGAUUUAAAAAGUUCCUAAUUGGCAAAGCUGGAAAAGCUGGAAAAAACAAAGAAUUGGUGGGAAUAAGAAAUUAAAGUUUUCUGUGAAAAGAUGAAUAAAGAAAUGAAAGAGAUUACUUCAAUAAUUAAGUAAGAAUUGAUAUUAAAAAUAAGGAUUGAACCAAGAUAAGAAAUAGCAUAAGGCUAUGAAAGAAAGGAAGAUUUGUAUGAGGUGUUAGCUUAAUCAAAAGGUAUUAAUGAAUAGUUAUUCGAUAUUUUGAUAACGAUGUUAAGAUAAGAUAAAAUUUCUGAUAUAAUUAGAUUUCUUUAAAAAGAAUUCCCUUAAAAAUAUUAGAAUUAAUACGUGAAUAAUGAAAUAAAUUUAUCGCCUAAAAGCAAAGAGAUGAGGCUCAAAAAUGAAAUUUAGGUUAUUACUGCUGUUUUUAGAGACAUUCAUGAACUUGAUUUUAGCAAAAAGAAUUUUUCAACAGAUGCAUACCUAGAAACUAGAAUAAAUAUAAUUAAAAGAAUUUAAAAAGAAGAGAGGAUUAUCCAAUUUUUAAAGUUUCUAGUCAACCUGACAGCUAUUGAUAGUUAAUUCAUAUAAUGUGGAUCAAAUUCACUUAAUUUACUGGUCGAAAUGAAGGCAGAUCUAAAGGAGCAAAGUUUUGAAAAUAUUAGGAUUAAAGAUACUUCUUUGAUUGGAGUAAACUUUGUCAGAUGCAAUUUGAAUGGAUCCGAAUUUGAUAAUGUAGAUAUAAGUGGAAUGAAUUUAAAUGGCGCUUAAUUAUUUAACUGCAAAUGGAAGAAUAUCAAAAUGAAUGAAUAAAUUAAACUUGAAGGCCAUGAAAGUAGUGUCAAUUCAGUUUCUAUCUCACCUGAUGGUACUAUAUUAGCAUCUGGUAGUGCGGAUAACUCUAUCCGCAUGUGGGAUAUUAAGACAGGGCAAUUAAAGGCCAAACUAGUCGGUCAUGAAAAUGCUGUUAACUAAAUUUCCUUCUCUCCUGAUGGAACUAUUUUAGCAUCUGUUAGUGGAGAUAGAACUAUUCGUUUAUGGGAUGUUAAGACAGGACUAUUAAAAGCCUAGUUAGAUGGUCAUAGUAAUGCAGUCUUAACAGUAUGCUUCUCUCCAGAUAAUACAAUAUUAGCAUCUGGUAGUGCAGAUCAUUCUGUCCGAUUAUGGGAUAUUACAACACGACUAGUAAAGGCCAGAUUAGUUGGUCACAGUAAUUCUGUCUGCUUCUCACCUGACGGCACUAUAUUGGCAUCUGGUAGCGGAGAUAACUCUAUCAGGUUAUGGGAUGUUAAGACAAAAGAAUAAAAAGCUUAGUUAAAUGGUCAUCGAGAUUAUGUUCGAUCUGUUUGCUACUCUCCAGAUGGUAAAAUGUUAGCAUCUUGUAGUGCAGAUAACUCUAUCCGCUUAUGGGAUGUUAAGACAGGAUAAUAAAAAGUUUAAUUAGAUGGUCAUAGUUAAGGAGUUCUAUCCAUAUCAUUCUCACCUAAUGGUGCUACAAUAGCAUCUGGUAGUAGGGAUAACUCAAUCCGAUUAUGGGAUGUUAUAACUGGAUAAUAAAUGGUAAAAUUAGAGGAUCAUCGUGAUUUUGUCAAAUCAGUAUGCUUCUCUCCUGAUGGUAAGACAUUAGCGUCUGGUAGCGGGGAUAAGUCUAUUCGUUUAUGGGAUGUUAAUACAGAAAAAAAAAUUCCAGCUUCUGAUUGUUGUUCUAAGGAGCAUCAUACAUUUUAAUAAUCUCCACUUUAAAAUCAUUCUUUAUUAUAAAAUGGUAAUUGUUUUACUUAUUACUUAGUUGCAUCCAAUAUUACUAUUCUCCUUAUUUCCAAAUAACCGAUAUUUUAAGCAUAAGGAUCAUUAAUUUUCAAAGGAGAAUUUAUCAGUCAAUCAGAUAUGGAUUUAAGAACAUUUUUUAAAUAAAAAGGAAGUUUUCUUUUGGAUGAUUAAAAAGAAUUUUAAGAGCAAUAAAAAUGAUUUUUUAAUAGAG